GAUGAGAACAGUCAGAUCGUAAUGGCGACUGCUGGAACAGCAGACUGUGGAUCAACAGUCCCGACAGGGACCAGUGGCAUCCGAAAAAUGGGCCCUUCAGAGAUGCCUGGCUCUUCAGGCACUCAUCAGAGUAUGAAGAAGACCAUCGGACACCGGGGGGUUGAGACCACCACAGGAGAGACCACCUAUAAAAAGACCACGUCAUCUGCCCUAAAAGGUGCCAUCCAGUUGGGCAUCACUCACACAGUUGGCAGCUUAAGCCAAAAGGCGGAGAGGGAUGUUCUCAUGCAGGACUUUGUUGUGGUCGAAAGCAUCUUCUUCCCCAGUGAAGGCAGUAACCUGACUCCUGCUCACCACUACAGUGACUUUCGCUUUAAGACCUACGCUCCUAUUGCCUUUCGUUACUUCAGAGAACUCUUUGGCAUUCGGCCAGAUGACUACCUGUAUUCUCUGUGUAACGAGCCACUGAUCGAGUUGUCCAACCCCGGAGCCAGCGGGUCCCUCUUUUAUGUAUCCAGUGAUGACGAGUUCAUCAUCAAGACUGUUCAACACAAAGAGGCAGAGUUUCUCCAGAAACUCCUGCCCGGAUACUUCAUGAACAUAAACCAAAAUAAGCGCACCCUGCUGCCCAAGUUCUACGGACUGUAUUGCGUUCAGGCAGGGGGCAAGAAUAUCCGUAUUGUAGUGAUGAACAAUCUUUUGCCUCGGAUCAUCCCCAUGCACCUCAAAUACGACCUCAAGGGCUCCACCUACAAGAGACGAGCUUCCCCUAAGGAGAGAGAAAAGGCCGUUCCCAUUCACAAAGACCUGGACUUUAUCCAGGACUUGCCUGACGGUCUGCUGCUGGAAGCAGACAACUACAAUGCCCUGUGCAAGACUAUUCAGAGGGACUGUUUGCUCUUGCAGAGUUUCAAGAUCAUGGAUUACAGUCUGCUGAUGGGCAUCCACAACAUGGACCAGGCCAGUCGAGACCGUGAACGCAGCGGGGGAAACUCGGGUGACAGUGGGGGGUCAGAGGGAGCGGUGACCCCAGAUCAGCGCCGGCCACAAGCUCAGAAAAGUCUGUACUGUACAGCCAUGGAGUCCAUUCAGGGGGAGGCUCGAGGGAAGGGGGCUUUGGAUUCAGAAGAUCACAUGGGCGGUAUUCCAUCUCGUAAUAAUAAAGGAGAGAGGCUGCUGAUCUACAUCGGCAUCAUUGACAUUCUCCAGUCCUACAGGUUUAUUAAGAAAUUGGAGCACUCCUGGAAGGCCUUGGUCCAUGAUGGGGACACAGUUUCAGUUCACAGACCGGGCUUCUAUGCAGAUCGUUUCCAGCAAUUCAUGUGCAACACAGCGUUCAAGAAAAUUCCACUGAAACCAUCUCCGUCUAAGAAGAGUCGUGGUGGAGGUCAGGGAGGUCUUAGGAGGGCCCCCACCCUGGGAGCUCCCACCCCGCUCUCCCACUCAACGGGACAGUCAGCUGUUGACAGCAGACUAGUCUACCACAGUCACUUCAAAAGCACAGAUUCAGAGGCAGACAGUGGUGUGCAGUCGGGCAGACCAGAUCUUGUUCCGAGGACCCCUCCGCUGGGAGAAAACCCUUCUGACUAUGAGGCCAACCUGUCCACCUCGUCACUAGGCAGCACAGGGGUCGCCUCAACAUCUCCUCCCCUACGGUCUGUAGGGGUGGAGGUGCACAAAUCAGCAAACACAGAGCUCGAAUAUCACAGUUUGGAGGCAGAAGGGGCUGUGGAUAAUUCAGGCAACCUGUCUGGAAACGAAGAUGUAAUUUCACUCUCAGACAUCAUCCCUGAAACCAACAUCUGUUUUUAAAAAAACAGAUCUUUGAAGACAAGGCGUUUCUGGACUGGACGAGCCGAGUCGGGCGGAAGUAAGGAUAAAGAGGUUGUGACAAUAGAGAAAAAAGGCACGGGAAACAUCAAGAAGAAGACAAUAUGCGGCAGGCUUUGCUUUCCCAGCCAACAACAUCCCAAAGCCAAACUGUCUUUACAUACACCUGGACGAAAAAAGGCUCAUGAGCCUGAAUUUGCAGCUCUUCUCUAAACUCUAAAAAAAGAUUUUACUUCACGUUCACAAAUUGAAGGAUGCUUCAAUGAAAUAAUAGACAAAAUAAUUAGUUGUAUAUUGUUAAAAGCCCAUGCCCCACUGGAUGUUGAAGGCAAUCAAAUUGUCCAUGAAGAGACUGUCAAUGUGUCCCCUUUUCGCAGCAUGAAGCGAAUGUGAGACGGCACAGACAGCAUUUCAGCGGAAACGCACCCCCUUAAGAGCACAUAAAGGGCAUGGCCUGCAUUUGUAGGAGUGAAGAUUUGCCUCUGUGUUCAUGCGGAGUCUAAGUGGGUUGACAUUUCCGUGAUUCACACUGAAGUGCUCCCGUUACCGGACUUCCAUUCCCCCCUCUUCACUCCUCCUGAGCAGGGGCACUUUGACCUAUCAGCAGUCCUUGUUCAAAUCAACACUUGCUGCUGUUGAUUCUGCAAUCAUGUAUGCAUUUCUUUUUACUGGUUGCGGAUGUACAGUAUUUGUUUGAAAUUGGAUUUUGAAACAGCGGAGGAAUGGGUUCAACCAGACCUAUGCGGUCAUUUUGUUUCACGUUUUGUUCUAAGUUAUUCUGCUGGAAGCCACAGUGGUGCUGCAAAAGAUCCAGCUGGAUCGUGCCACUGCUGAAUGUGCAUUACAAUGUUUUUCUUAUAUAGAAUGUGUCUUAUUAACAUAGCAGACCACAUUUAUACAACCCUGAAGAUCUCCCCCUCUGAUGUGACCAUAUGUGCUAUAAAUAAAUACAAAGAGAAGAGCCGUCAACAGCAUUGCUGACCAGCAGAUGCUAUUAAAUGAAGUCAUGGUAUUAAGCUGGUAGAAUAGUAAGAACUUCUAGCUACGGUCAUUUGUAUGUCAUGUCUGUGCCUUUACAUGUUUUUCCCUUCCCUAACAUGUGAUGUAUAACUGACAUUUUUUUAGGUAAGUGUUGUAGUCACACAGAGAAACCUGCCUUAUCACUACAGCUCAAGUUGUCAAACUGCCAUUUGUAUGUCUGGACCAACAAUCAGGGCUUAAAAAGAAUUUCAGAUUUUAAUGCAAACACUAGUACAAUCUAUUUUGGUUAUGUUUAUGCUGAGUGCUCAGUCACUGUGUUUCAUUAGCUCAACUAAUCCUGUUAACUCUUCUAAUGUCGGAGAGUAAGGAUGUCUAUCUCUUAUUAUCCAUUUCUGCUGGUUACAGAAAUUACUCCCGCCCACAUCCACUCUUGGACCAAUAUUAAUAACCAUGUGUAUAACUAAUAUUUGUAUUUUUUUUUGUAUGUAGUCUAACUCCGCUUUAACUUGGCUAGUCAUAACAGUUGUGCUUUGUUUUUCGCAAAAUGUUUUUUGUGUUUAUGUUGUUGUUUAGGGCACUAAACAAGCUGCAGAGAGCUUUUUACCCCACAAGAAAUUUCUAAUACAGAAAUUCGAAUCACUACAAAGUGACUGUAGCAACACUCAAGAUCUUAGACAUCAUCUCAUUUAAGGUAUUACUAUUUAUGUUUUGUAGGCACAUUUGGUCUAUGCAGCAGAGAGGGAGAAGGGGAAAUGUGAGUUGGGAAUAUAGAAGAAAGGAAAACUACCCAUGUUCAGUUGAGGAUUUAAGAGUCUUUUGUAUCAUAAGACAGUUGUGGCACCAAAGAAAUGAUUGGGGAGUUCCUGCACUUGUUCAGGAGCAGGUUCAGUUAACAUGAAAAUGAUAUCAGACACUCCUUGAUACCUGCAUGGACUGAUGAAUUGCAAAUGGUAUAACACUGGGUUGACCUGUGUUUUAAGGCUCUAUUUUUUAACUGGAUGUUUGUUUGUUUUUUGCUAAAUAAUUUCUUGUCUGAUAAGCUGUAUCUGACAUCAAUUUAUUGUUUCUUUAUCAAAGAAUCAGUUUACUUUUUGGUCUGAGACAUUUCAAGAUUUAACUCCACAUUCCUGUGAAAUUCUGUUUAAAUUUACUGCAAUUGUAGUAACCCUUUGUGUUAUUAGGAUGGUGUACUUGAAAUGUGUGGUCUCUGAUACUAUGCUGAAAUGUAAUAUGUUGAUUAUUUCAAACGGAUCAAUUUCAAGUUGUAUUUAGUUGGUUGAGAGUCAAACAGCCACCAAAGAAAAAAACUCCAGGAAAUUCUAUCUCAUUAGAAAAAUCCAGUUUAUGUUUUGUGACACCUCAAUUUUGAGGAUUUAUGUUGUAACUUUUUUUUUAAUGGGUGGUACCAUGUAAUUGGCGGAUGCAGACCAGUUCUGUCGCAGUUGUUAUGUACUACACCAUGGCACAAUAGAAACAUCUUAUGGUGCUUAAAGGGCGAUGCACUCAGUGUAGACACUACAAUAUAUUUGAAGUAAUGCAAUAUAUAUAAAAACCACAAACUCUGCCACAUUUCAGUUCUAAGAAGUAUAUUUAUUAAUAUGAGUGCUGCAGGCUGGAAUGAUAAAAGUUGUAUUAUGUACCUUUUUAGAUGAUUGUACGUAUAACUGUAUACUGACAGAAGGAUGUCUGAAACUUUAUAGCGUGUAUUGCCUAUGAAGGGGGACUAUUGACAAUUUCACUUUUUAUAUUUGAAGGUUCAGAUUGUGAUAGGAUGGAUAUAUUUCGCUCCACCAUGAUUCUGGGUUGUUAAUCUCCCACGCUUUUUCUACAUGAAUGUUUCUCAAUGGCUUACAAGCCAACAUUGCUGGUUGUCCUAUAAUGCUUCAAUUACUAUAUUUUUACUGUGUAUAAAAUGUGUAUAUGUACAUAGGAGUCACGGAAAUGCCUUCUCAUGCAAUAUGUGCUGCCUGUCCCUCCUGCCAUGUUUCAUUUAAGUGGUGGUGAUGUUUU